CUGCCCUGACCCCCCUCUCUUUGCCGUGCAGUGAUUCGGGGCAGGUUCAUGGGGGUCACUCCGCUGAGCCACAACAGCAGCCACGGGGAGUCCGUCCGCUAUGAGAUCAAAACCACCAAGAUCUACAAGGGGUUCGAGCUGCUGGCGGACGUUCCCUUCGUAGACACCCCGGCCCAGGAGAGCGUCUGUGGGUACCUGCACCCGGCACCCCUGAAGGGGGAGGAGUACCUCAUCAUGGCCACGCAGAAGGACGAGCGCCUGACGAUCUCCGCCUGCUCCUUCGUGCGCCCCUGGGGGCGCGUCCCCCCCAGCCAGCGCCGUGGGGUCAGCCAGGCCUACGAAGGGGGCUGUACCUGCCAGGUGGUGCCCUGUCUCUUCAUGCCCUGCUCGCUGUCGGGCGACGCCCAGUGCCUCUGGACCGACGGGCUCCUGGACCGGAGCUGGCAGGGGCCCCAGGACCAGGACCAGGCCUGCCUGCCCCGCCCCAGCCAGGGGGUGCCCCCCGGGGCCGACCCCUUCUGCACCUGGGAGCCCCUCAAGAGCAGCCUCCCCGGGGCCCUGCUCAAGGCAGGCCGGGGCCGGGAGCAGUGAGCCCCCGCACCACGCCGGCCCCCUGGACUGUGACCCCCGUGGGCUCUGAUUCCCCCCACUCUGCCCCGAACCCGUUAAAACUGUUUUCCUGAGUUGGAUUCGUAAAUAAAGAAAUCUCUGUGAGUC